CUUACAGGCCUAAUUCACCCAGAAAAAUUUAAGGCUAGUCGGUAAGCAUAUACAGCAAAACACCAAAACAGAUCACAACUGUGUUUCCUUGUAUUCUUUGUUUUCCUUUUUUUUUUUCAUGUCCUCUGUCAAAAGUUGAGUUCUUGAAGGACUAGAUGGAAAUACAAAAGGGCAGUAGGCACCCAUUAAUAGAUUUCUAAAGACAAGAGAAGUGACCAGUUCUGAAUCUUGGGAAAGUUGUGGCCUUUUGAAGGUUCUUAAUCCCCAGGGAAAAGGAAUUCGUCAAUGGAAGAAGAUAGGUAUCCUUGUUCAAGGCGAGGCAGUGGUGUGUGGAGAUCAUUGAGAGAUGGGGAUUUUGAGGAAGAAGAUGUUUGGGCAGUUCUUAAAGAAAGAAAAGAUUCAACUACCACCACCAUCAAACUUGGCCGAUCCAUCGAAGAAUCAUCAUCUGCUGUUACUGUUAGAAGACAGCUCCCAAGUGCUGCAAGGGUGAUCCCUAGAACUUUCUCUGCCAUUAAGAAUGGUUCAAGUUCCAGUCAUGAAGCUAAUGGCGUCAAGCAUCAGCAGCAAUCAGCUCCCGUCAGAAUUCCUGAUUGGUCCAAGUUCUCUAGGAAUAACAAGUCAAAGAAGGGAUCAUCACGGCAUGACGACGACGACGACGAAGAUGACGACGAUCGUGAUUUCGAUGAUGAUGAUGAAGAAGAAUUCGAUUCGAAAUUGCCACCACAUGAGUUUCUUGCAAAGAGGCAAGCAAGGAGUCAGAUAUCAUCUUUCUCAGUGUUUGAAGGUGUUGGGAGGAAACUCAAAGGGAGGGAUUUGAGGAAAGUGAGGAAUGCUGUCUUAACAAAAACAGGUUUCCUUGAAUGAUGUUUAAGCAUAUAUGUUAAGUCCUUCACAUUGUUGUAAUUUUCAUAAAUUGGUAAAUGUUCAAUUGUGGGGAGAGUUCUUCCUUUUGUUUUUCAGUGUU